GGCAGCGUCGGGCGAUUCGUCAAUCACUCGUGUGACCCCAACAUGGAAGCAAAGCCCGUUCGAAUCGACGCGGCUCUUCCUCGCAUUCUCUUCUGCGCUAGUCGGGACAUUCUAGCUGGGGAGGAGCUGACCAUUAGCUACGGAGAAGGUUCAGAUGCUCACGGAGGGGGCAGCAAGUGCGUAUGUGGGGCAGAAGCAUGUCGGGGAAGCCUCCCAAGGGAGGAAAGUUUGUACGAGGAAGAGGAGAAGAGGUGA